UGGCUGCGACGGAUUCGGCUUCUGUGUUUUGAAUCAUUGAUUGACUUUAUGAUAUGUAACUCUUCAUGUUGGGAUUGACAUCUUCAUCUGAAGACCUUGACUAGCAAAUGGCGGUGAACAAGACUGGUAGCUGAGUCCAUCUCCAGCCGUCGCUGUUAACCUUUCAGCGGCGUCUCACAUUCAAAGACAGAAACCGAGUUUACAGAGAGAAUCAGACCUUGGUCAACGUCUUUCUUUCCCCUCCUGUGCCAGGACGCAACCUUCGACUUGGCGGAGAUGGACAUUGGACGAAAGGCCCGGUGGGCCUGACAAGAGCCUCUCGGCAGCUUAUUGGGCAUAGUGUGGGGGCCGUGUAUGGACAAGGUCGACAAGCUUUAAAAUGUUUGCCAUCCGCUCCGACUUCACGUGCGACUUUGAGCUUGUUACGAACCGUUUAUCGUGUUCGCCGGCCUGUAGAAGUUGAAGAAGGAACAUCUCUCGCACCGUGGGACGGAUGGCAAUUACCGUGGAGGUGCUUCAGAAGCAGCUAGAAACGCUACAACGCUCGCAUGACGCGCUCUUGAAGAGCAUCACCGAUUCCAAUGGAUCUUUCGGCCCUUCCAACGACCGGCUGAGACGGAACACCCAGGACGGCCACAAUGGCGAAGGCAAUCCCGUCUUUGCCGACAAUUCGACUCUUUCCGACGACAGCAGCGAUGAGGAGGAUGAUUACUUUGUGCAAUCCGAGUUACCGUCGCAAUCUUAUGAUCAUGAGCAUCUACGCGAGCAUUUAAAGAAACAUGAUUGGGACGAGCAUGGACGAGAGAUCUUAGCUGGAGUUAUGAGCGAGCGUGGCCGACUAAAGCAACCUAAUCUGUUUCCUACGAGCCGGGAUCCGGCCGAUGAUAGAGGCCAUUAUCCGCAUUUCCAGGUUUAUGAUGUGGGCCCAGAUGGAGAAGCCCAGCUUAUCGAGUCCAGCGGCAAGGACAAUAAGAUGUCCAGGGCCAAUGAGAUAUGGCAUUCCAUCAAGGACAUCGCUGUAAACAAAGCUCAAUCAGGAAAGACCGUUGUCGGACGUAUCACUAUAGCUCGAGAGCCCUCACCUAUAUUGUUUGGUGCAUUGCAUCUAACCAUGCACAACACGUUUGACAUGGACGAGUUGUUCCGAUCCCUAGUCCAGACGGAUGCAACAUCGGCUCAUAUGCAUCGGGCAUUCCAUGAGGAAAGAAAACGCCAAAAGACAUUCUACUUCUCGUUCGAGUAUUAUACCAUCAUCGGCGAGGAAUGCAAGCCCAUGCAGUGGCAACGUGCGGAUCGCGACAUCAAGCACACCGAGAGCCACAUCCCUCUCACUCGAUGUGGUGCUGUCGUAGCAUUGGCGUUAUUCGACGACAAUCCUCGCCGAAUUCGAAACCGAGGAAGGCGAGCAAAGACCAAGUACGGCUGGGUCCAGGAUGUCUGGUCCCCGUGGCAGGUCCUCAACAUUCAGUGUUAUCCGGAUUGGCGUGCAACUGCAGACACGUUUGAACAGGGGCAUCGAUAUCUCAACGGCGCUGAAGCGUUUCUGCACGCACUUUUGACUGAGUACAAGGAUGCUAGGAAGAGAUAUGAAGUCAUAUACAAGGGAAUAUCGGAACUCGUCACGCCUGCACUUGGCUUUCUCUUCGAUACGGAUCUACGUGACCAGCGACUCUUCGAGGAUAGGAAAUUCACCUGGACGCGUCGAUAUUUCUACGCUCAUCAAACAUUGGGAAAUGUGAAUGAUAGUAUUAAGAGUAUGAUCGACUCAUUCGAAGACACUUUCACAGAUGAUGUGUGGGAAGGGAAAAGUAAGACAUUAUGGCCACUUUACGAAGAAUCUCCGCGAAACGACCACUGGAAACGAAGACUACGACUAUUGCGAUUACAAUUCGAACGAGAGAUGAAAGAGUUGAGAACCCUCCAGAAUGAAAACAACGACCGGCGAAAGGAGAUCGAGUCGCUUCAAGACCACCUUUUCUCGGGCACCUCGAUCCAAGAAUCGCGCAAGUCCGUCGAACUCAGCGAUAUAACGGUACAACAGGGUCGCAACAUCAAGCUCCUCACCAUCGUCAAUCUCUUCUUCAUGCCCCUCACCUUCGUAACAUCAGUCUACGGCAUGACCAACAUGCCCGAAUACCCCGCGUCCUUCUGGCCCUUCGGCCUGACCCUCGCCUCCGUCUGCCUCCCCUUCUUCGGCCUCGUAGGCUUCCUAUCCACCGACUUCGGGUAUCGGAUCUGGAUGGCCAAGACGAAGGCCGUGUGGCGAUGGCUGCGGCCUAAACCGGAUCCCACGGAUGAGGCUGAGGAGUUUGAGCCGUCGCCCAUGAACAGGACGAUGUCAACACGGGAGGGCAUGGCACUUCGGAUAGGGGAGGAAAAGCGGAGGAGGGAUACAGAUGCCGGACUGGAUCGAAGACCGAGUCAUGUGUCGAGGCCUAGCCAUCCGCACAUCAAGAGGAUGGUCGAGGCGAUGAAUGAGGGGAAGCCGGCGGGUGUGACGAGGGCGUCGACGAUGCCGAAGUGGGGGAGCACGGUGGCUGCGGACGGCGAUGAGAAAUUGGAUGAGGAUGACGAUGUGAAGGAUACGGUUAUUAAUGUGAAAACGGUGUGAACGAUUUUAAUGGGUUAUGAUGAAUGAUGUUUAUGGCAUCCACCAGCUUGAAGCGUUUAUGUUUCGAAUGAGUAUAAAAUUGGAUAUUGGGAUACGAUUGAGAUCGUUGAUUUUAGGAUUCGUAGAUGUAUAUAGAUAUAGUUUCCAGCCCAGGAACGACGUUCAAAAUCGAAAAUGGU